AUGGCUCCCAAAAAGGGCAAAGGAGAUGACGUAGCGAAGCCACCUCCACUGAUUGGAAGGUUUGGCACCUCGCUGAAGAUAGGCAUUGUGGGCCUGCCUAAUGUUGGGAAGUCGACCUUUUUCAACGUGCUGACAAAGAGUCAGGCCGCAGCUGAAAAUUUCCCCUUCUGCACCAUUGACCCAAAUGAAAGCAGAGUGCCCAUUCCAGAUGAACGCUAUGAUUUCCUCUGCCAAUUCCACAAACCUGCCAGUAAAAUCCCAGCGUUCCUUAAUGUUGUUGACAUUGCUGGUCUGGUGAAAGGUGCUCAUGCUGGCCAAGGCCUGGGAAAUGCCUUUCUGUCCCACAUCAGCGCCUGCGAUGGCAUCUUCCACAUGACACGAGCUUUUGAGGAUGAGGAUAUCAUCCACGUCGAGGGGACGGUGGACCCAGUGAGAGAUAUGGAGAUCAUCCACGAGGAGCUAAGGAUGAAGGAUGAGGAGAUGAUCGGCCCCAUUAUUGACAAGCUGGAGAAGACGGCCAUUAGAGGCGGUGACAAGAAACUCAAACCAGAAUAUGACGUUAUGUGCAAAAUAAAGAGCUGGGUAGUGGAUGAAAAGAAACACGUCCGCUACUAUCGUGAAUGGAACGACAAGGAGAUUGAAGUGCUGAACAAAUACUUGUUUUUGACAUCCAAACCAAUGAUCUACCUCGUUAAUCUUUCUGAGAAAGACUACAUAAGGAGGAAGAACAAAUGGUUGGUGAAAAUCAAGGAGUGGGUGGACAGUCAUGACCCUGGAGCCUUGGUCAUCCCCUUCAGCGGCAACCUGGAGAGCCAGAUCCAGGACAUGAGUGACAACGAGCAACAGAAGUAUUGCGCGGAGCACAAGACGCAGAGCGCCCUGAGCAAGAUCAUCAAGGCGGGCUACGCGGUCCUGCAGCUGGAGUACUUCUUCACAGCUGGCCCAGAUGAGGUCCGAGCGUGGACCAUUCGGGCAGCUGGAAAAUAUAGACAGCAGGGACGAAACUACAUUGUUGAGGAUGGAGACAUCAUCUUCUUCAAAUUCAAUGCACCAAAUGCACCAAAGAAGAAGUGACUCAAUAAGAUUCACAUUACUCGGCUGUCUCGAUAUAUUUUACUUUCAUGCUUUUUGAAGAGUGUCACGUCAUAACUUUCAGUUUCCCAUCUUCCAAGAUCAAAUCUCACCUCACUUAAAAGUGAGAGACAGCUCAGCCAUUUAAGAUCAGGAUCAGAC